AUUGCAAGCUCUCAGACUAUAUAAGUCGGGACCAGUCCAAUCGCACUCCCCAUGUAUUUCCAGCUCUCGACAUGCGUUCCUCCUCUCUUGCCGUAGUGGGAGCCUUCAUCAGCCUGGUUUCUGGUCUCGCCAAUGCGGCUGUCAUCAAGGUACGCGCCGAUGACUCUGGCACGGGCUCUACGACUUCUGAUGUGUUCCCGCCUAACGGUACCCGAGUCAACUCUCAGCUCUUCCCGCCAGAGUCCCAAGUAGGCUACCCAGGACCCACUCCCACGGGUGUCGAGCCCGGAGCGGCAGCCACAGCAGCCAUCUAUGCUUCCAACACUGGCGCCACCGGCAAUUUUCCGCUUGUCGUCGAAGACCCACUCGAAGAAAGUGACAGCGACUUUGAUGUCUUCAAGCAUUGGGGUAAUCUGUCCCCUUGGUACUCUGUGCCGUCUUCCGACUUUGGGCUGGACGACACGUCUCCGCUCGUACCCGGAAACUGCUCCAUCACUCAGGUCCAUAUCAUCUAUCGACAUGGUGCGCGAUACCCCACUUCUGGCGCUGCCCCGACACUCUUUGCCGAGAAACUCGCCAAUGCCACGAAUUUGACUGCUGAGGGCGAGCUGGGCUUUUUGAAUGGGUGGACGUACAAGCUGGGAGCGGAGCUGCUGUCGCCUUUCGGAAGACUCCAGGAGUUCAGUCUUGGGCUGGCGAACAGGCAACAGUAUGGGAUACUGUUGAACAACUUUACGGAGCAAGGGACGCUUCCUGUCUUCAGGACAGAGAGUCAAGACCGGAUGGUCAAGACUACCGCCAACUUUGCAGCCGGCUUCUUUGGUGUACCCGAGUAUCUCGACGAGGUCAACAUUGAGCUCAUGGUAGAGGCCGACGGCGUCAACAACACCGGCGCUCCCUACUCCGUCUGCAACAACGCCAACAACUUCCGGGGCAAGCUGGGGAGCACCGCCGCUGCCCAAUUCGCUCAGAAUGCUUUCAACGGGACUCUCGACAGGCUUCAAGGUCAGCUAUCCGGCCUUGAGCUUGACUCGGAGGACAUCAUUGCUAUGCUCCAGCUCUGCGCGUACGAGACGGUCUCUCUGGGCUAUUCUGUCUUCUGCAAGGUCUUCACAGAGGAAGACUUUGAGAACUUUGAGUACUACUACGACCUCACGUUCUACUAUGAGCAAGGAUUCGGCUCCCCUGUGGCUGCAGCCCAAGGUAAGGGGUUCCUGGAGGAGUAUGUGGCUCGUUUUACCCAAACGCCGAUCACCACAUCAGACUCUGCUCUGAACUCUACUUUGGACAGCGACCCCACCUACUUUCCGCUCAAUCAAUCCAUCUAUGCCGAUGCCACACACGAAGUCGUUGUCCUCGACUUUCUCUCCGCGCUUAAUUUGACAGCACUAUACUCGACUGGACCUCUCCCGGUAGAUAAGAGGGUAGAGAACUCUUCGUUCGUGGCAUCGAAAGUGGUGCCUUUUGCCACGCAUCUUGUGGCUCAGGUGGUAGAAUGCUCAGACUUGGUGCCCACAAAGCAGAUUCGGUUCAUCCUUAAUGAUGCUGUUAUUCCCAUCCACGACAGCUACGAAGGUUGCGAGUGGAAUAAGGACGGGCUCUGCGCUUUCGACACUGUGGUCUCUGCUUUGCAGAAACGAAUCGAGGAGAUUGAUUUUGCAUAUGACUGCUUUGGCAACUAUACUGUGGAGGUUGGGAAAGAUUAUAAUGGCCGAGCACCGAGAGAGUGAUCGAUGUAUGGAGAUGUACGAGGACUUUUGGACUGUGUCUGAUCUUAUAAUCAAUGUUUUUCUGCUCCGUAUGCACUAUGCAUUAUCCAACGACUGCUCUCA